AGUCGCGGUGGCAAGCUCUGCCACUGCUAGACGUUAAUUACUUGUGAUGGUUGAACCGAGGCCAGCUGUCCAGGAGAGCUAAGCCGCACCGCACAUGCCCAGUAAUGCACCAGCUUUUGCUUUGUGUCCCCCACCUGAUGCAAAUGCUACCCUCCUUCCUUUGCGCUAUUUUCUCCUCUUGGUGAGUCAGGACAUCAUAAAUCUUCCGACGUGUCCCGAGAAUAAACGAAAAAGUCGCUCUAAUCGUCGGCUGCGAUUCCAGACUGCUGACUGCAAACAAAUUCCCAUGAUUCAGGUCAUACGGCAUCGGAGCUUAUAGGCGAGCUAUUUUUAAAAAAUCUGUACAGUACACUAACGCAUACCAUCGGAUAUUGAUAAUAUACACACACACACACACACAUUUCUUUUUCUUUUCCCCUGUACAACCCUCACGGUCGACUUGGAGCCGGUUCGCAACUGGUUGGGCACUCCAAAUGUGGAGUGUAAGGACAAAAUCUGCGGACAGAAGAGAGAGCCUUGUGGAACACCGACAUUUUUCUCCCGUUUGAGCCGUCGGUCCCAGCCGGCUAAAAUGUUUGAUGAUUGCAUGAUUUGCGUUUGAACUGCUGACAUCCAUAGCACGUAUGUGCAUUUUAUGCUUUGCAGCACCCAAAUCAGCACCCGAUGGAAGGUUUCAACCAUUAGCAUUCGAAAUGACUACAAUCGCGUGAAUCAAUAUGUAUCGCAUUGGUAGAUAGAAAUGUGCGAAUGGCCGUUUUUGCGCAAGGCGUGCCACUGUGACUCAGGCAAAACAUUGACGAGACAAGUUUAUCCACACUAAGCCGUGAGCUAAAAGCGUUCUGGUCUUGACGCAACGCGGGCGGUCCAAGUAAGUCGCAUCCAGCAGGUUUCAGUUGAAGCUUGCAAGUGAUUAUCCUUCUGGCUUUUCCAGGCUAUCCUUAGCCUCCUCACGCAUGUGAUAAGCGGUUGGGCGUGCUGCCGGACGGACCCAAACGGAAAACCCGGGCGGGCUCGCAAAAGACGCUUGGAGCUCCUUGAUGGAGGUUUUGGCCUCAUGUUUGGAUUGUGAACACGGAGCAAAAGCUAGGAUGACUCGAGAGCGAGGCCUGGGCAGAGGGACGCGUCGAGGCACGGCGGCGGUCCUCCACUUGCAUAGCGCUGAAUAAUCCACGAGGAAGCGGCCAUGUCCUCCCACAAACGCAGCUUCCAGUGCUUCAGCGCCGUCCCGGCUUCCCACAGUCACGCCGGCUGCAGGCUCCCCCGCAUCCCCGACCCCGACGCGGCCGAGGAGGCGGCUUGCUACCUGUGGUCCCGGUGCAGACACGCCCGAGCCGUGGAGGCCACGCCUCUGUGUCCCUACCACCGGCAUCAGCACGGAAGGCCCAGCAGGCCCGACGAGCCCCCUCCUCGCGCCAAGAGGGUGGUCCUGAUCAAGAACAGCGAGCCGUCGCUCAGGAAGACCGUGGUGCUGCAACGCAAGGGCCUGAGGAGCUUGGGGCUGUUCCUGGAGGAGGUGUCGGAGCUCCUGCAGUACCACGUCAGGAGGCUCUACACCCUGGACGGACACAAGGUGGAAAAUGUUCAAAGCAUCAUCCAGUGUCCCAGCGUUCUGGUCUGCGUGGGACGGGAGCCUUCCCAUCCCUCCAUUUUGGAGAGAUUUCGUAGAACCGCCGAAGACAAGCUGCCAAAGCUGACUGCAAAGGCGCGCUCAACCGGCAAUGAAGUUCAGCCAAAACUAACAUCUGCCAACCGAUCCACGAGGCAUUCCGUGUCUUCUGAGAAGUCACUUCCGGAUGGAACGGAAUCGCCAGAUGUCGCCGGGACAGUCUCGCCCACCGCCGACGGCACAUUGGACGACAAUGUCGAAAAACAAGUGCGCAUCAAUAAAGAUGGCAGCUUGUCCAUGAAGAUGAAAGUCCGCUUUCGGCUAGACAAUGACGAAACCUUACUUUGGUCCACCGAAGUGACAAAGUCCACCAACAAGGCCGGCGAGUUUCCUCAGGAGCUAGAUAGCGUCGGAAGCUGCUCGGGUUCGGAGAUCUUUUCUGCCGGCGAGCCGGUCGAGCCCUGUGUCACGAGGCGGCGUCACAGACAUGCACAGUGCUCUCGCUAUCCUCACUGCUACAACAUCUGGACAAACGGGCCAGGCCCACGGGGAGAUAGUUGCGGUGUUCAGACCUCAAGUUCAAGUGCGUCCUCGCGCACGUUUGUCUCCAGGAAGACCGUGGCUCAACGAUCCAGCGAAGAAAACGCAGAACAAGUGGUGGAGCAAGAAACAUGUGUUGAGACCUCUGAAACUGUGGAGUACUGCACCAUCCGAGCUGGUUCCCGCGCCAUGGAGAACAGUGAGCCGAAAGAACAACCGGGAGCUGCCGUUAGCGGCGAUGAUGCUUCACCCGGUGCGACGAGACCAUCCUCGCAGAGUGGAAAACCUGUCCAGGACGAGGCCACGGAAGGUACCCGAGCAGAUACGUCAGGGAAAUCGUCGUCAGGAUCCAGUGACGCAAAGCGCUCCGGCACGGUCAAACAAUCCAAGAAAUCCUACGCAUGUUACUGUGGAACAUCGAAGGAUUACACAGAGGCAAGCUCGGAGGAGACGGGCAAAGUGGAAAGACCGCAGAGUUCCACGUCGGCAAAACCAAAUGUCAGUCCGAAUGCAGAACCUGAAGGCGGAGAGGAGGAACGAUACAAUAGUGCCAUGUCAGCUCAUUCAAAUACCUCAACAAAGUGCAAAGCGGGUGUCUUUGAGGCUGACGAUAGGCCACCGAGCCAAACGUCCGUCACGUCCGAGGUGAAGAGUGAACAGUGUCAACCAGAAAAGGAAGCUGCUGAAGAAACGCCGCCGACGUCCCUGUCGUCUAAAUCCAAAACUUCAGUCACAUCAGCUGGCACGGAUGAGGACAAAGCUCCGGAAGAGAAAGAUCACGGGGAGCAAAGUGAGACCGGAGCCGGACUGAGAACACAAAGCCAAACGUCGGUGUCAAAAGCACCCCCACUAAGUGCGUUUGACCGAUCGAAGGAGGACUCGCAAGAGGAAUCAAAGAGUACAGAGGAGGCACAAGGCAGAGCGCCGAGUGCCCGGUCCUCCGUAUCAAAUGCUUCUGCGGGUAUGAGCACCAUGUCGGCAAGAUCCCGCAUUUCUGCAAGGUCGAGCAAGUCUAAAUGUUCCGCUGACGUUCCCGCACAAGACGAGUCUCGCUGUUCUGGGGAUGAAGAAAAUAAGCAAACGGAAAAAAGGCCUUCAAGCUGCACAUCCGCUACAUCAACCCUCUCGCAGGUUUCCGCAGAAAGAUCGCCCAGUGCUUCGUCAGUGAAAUCGCAUGUUUCUAGAAAAUCUGCUCAAGCAAACCUCUCAGAGGUGAGCGCCAGCAAAAGGCUCCCAAAUGAAAACUUGAGAGAGGAAUGUGACGAGAGAGCGCAGAGUGCCGCGUCAGCCGAAACGGCAAUGUCGACCCCUCUCAUGAGAUCGACGGAACCAAAAGGAGAUGACGAUGCACGUGACCAAGAAGAGAGGGCACUCAGCGAGAGGUCGGCCCGAUCUGCAAAGUCACACGUCUCGGCACCGGAGGGGUCGCUAAAAGAUAGCGUUUCUGAUCACGGGGCUGAUUCCUCACUGGAGGAACACAGUGGGAGCAUAUCACUAACCUCACUGUCCAUGAAAUCCAGUAAAUCAGCCCGAUCCGCUAGGUCAAAAUGCUCAGUUGAAGUUUGUAGGCCAAAGUCAGAUGCGUCAGGGACAUCUCAUGUAUCUCAUGAGCCUGUUACUGAACACGUCUCCAGCAGAGCGGGGAGUAAACUGUCUGCCAAAUCUGCAAAGUCCAACCAAUCCAAAGUCUCAGCUGAAGAAAAUGCCGGUCGUCGAGAUUUGACGGAAAGAGCUUUAAGCAACUCGUCAAUCAGAUCGGCAAAAUCUACAAGUGUAUCCGGAGCAUCUAGAGGGGUUUCUGAGCUGAUGAGUGAACACAGCGUGGAAAUUGCAGACGUUGAGAGUGAAGAACUCAUUAGCUCUGAGCAGUCGGUUGCAUCUGCGAUGAAGAAAGAUUCCGAUGGACCAGCGGAAGACACCUCCCAAUGUGCAGAUCAUGACGAGGACCGGGAACAACCCGAAGAGGGGCCAGCCCACUCGCAGGCUUGCGAUGUCGUCGAAGACGUGUCUGAAUGUUGUAUGACCUCGGGGAGAGCUGCUAGCUCCUCAUCUGCAAAGUCAGCCAUGUCCGCAGGCUGCUCUACAAAGUCAAAGACUUCAGUGCACUCUUUAUUACAUACAGCCAAUGAAACGGAGUCCGAGCACCGCAAUGACUCUGAAGAGAGAUCGGCAAGCGCAGCAUCCGCCAAAUCCACCCGGACAAAUGGAUCCGAGUCGCUGAGAAGUAUAGCGGCGUGUGAGGAAACGACACCUAGGCCGCCGAGCGCCGUCACGGCCAAAUCCACCCGAUCUGCCAAAUCGGCACACUCGAUGACUUCGGCAAAGUCCAAAUCCUCAGUUGCGGCACAGGACAACGAUGAUGAGAUCAUCCAGUGCGCAGUGAGCAGCGCCUCUGGUAAAUCGGAUCGAUCCGGGAGGUCAAAAUCCUCAGCUGCAACAAACAAGUCGAAAGCCACCGCAGAUGCGGCGAACACUGACGAUAUUGAGAGAAGAGCAAAGUCUGUUGUCUCACUGUUGUCUGGAGGAUCCCAAUCAUCUCUGCGGCCGCAAAAUGAAUGUGGUGAAGAAGGGAGAAGACGGAGCGCAACAACAAACAAGUCAGAGACAAUUUUCAAGUCGAGGUCAUCAAAUAUAUCCGACGGGAGCAGGGUCGAAGGAGUUCAGGAAACAACUGCUGUGUCAGUCAAGUCCAAUCGAUCUUCAAGGAGCAGAAAAUCAGGAAAGGGCUCCAGUGACCUCAAUGAAGGAACUGAUGAAAGAUCCAAAAGCGCGACGUCCAAUGUGUCUGCCAAAUCCACAAAGUCAGACCUUCCUGUCGUAGCAAUUGAGGAAUCUGAACCCCGAGCACACACAGCGGUGCGAUCCAAGUCCCAAGCGUCAGCAACAUCUGAAGCUCUGGAGAGAAAAAGCAAAGAGUCAGCCCACUCGGGGAAGUCCAAGAAAGGAGAUCUUUUGGUGGCUAAAGAUCAUGACAAACAACCAAAAGCCAUUCCUCAAAGUGUUGAAACUUCAGUUGACGGUGACGUGAGCUGUGAACAUGUACCCAACGGUCCUGAAGAUGCCACAGAUGCUGGCAGGAGUGACAAGAAAAGUGACGCGCAGACGGUGGAUGGUGACGAUGAUGAAGCCCUCGUUCCAUCAAGCCUGCCAAACGCUUCCCUUACCGAAGUCGUCAAUGAAUGGCUCAAUAAAAUCCCGCCCGACGGAGAGCUGUUUGAUAUGGAGGAGCUCGGUGGCAACGUGCUGCGCGACACCGACGGCAACACCGUCUCUGAGAAUAAUCUCAAUGGACUGAACGAGGGGGCCGGCGUUUCUGACGGUGAACGGUGUCAUGAAACGGCAGGCGAAAAGGGGGCAAAUCACCCGAGAGAUACCGACUCCGAGAUAUUUCACUCGUCUGUGCUGGUGAUGAAAGUCCUUCUCAACCCCAAGCUCGACAGAUGCAGCAGUUUACCAGAAGUUUCGCCUUCGUACGGACGUAAACUUAGCACCUCGGCCACAGGUCUCAUCGAUUGCCUGGCAAAGCUGCAGUUGAUAGACACCAAUCCUACGAGUGCGGACGAAAAAUCGCAACGAUACAAAGCACUCGUGGAGGGGCUUCGGUCUCUGUGGCUUUGCGACCCAGCCGAAAAUGAACCUGCGUUAGAAGAAAAAGCCGACCGACAUUCUGACAAGGACUUUAAUCAGGGAUCAUCCUCUGGCAUUGACGUCAACAGUGGCUCGACGGGUUCUGGGAAGAGCAGCGGCGGUGGGAAGCAGCAGCAGACCCUCGAAGCCUGCAAAGCGCAGGAAGUCCCCCAGGAAGAAGAGGCGGCGGGAGCAGGGGAAGAACAAAUGCGUGAGGAAAGCCCAAAGGGAGAUGCGUCAACCGACGGGACGAUCAGAAGUAACGACAGUCCGAGAGUAUCGUGUGACAGCCCGCGUUCCUCUGAUGAGAUUUCUGGGAGUCCGCGACAGUCCCUUAAGCAGCGAUCUCACGACCCCGAUCCUGUGUGGGUCCUUAAUUUAUUAACAAAAAUAGAAAAGCAGUUCAUGACUCAUUAUGUCAACGCAAUGUGCGAGUUCAGAAACCAGUGGAACGUAGAUGAUCACGAGCAGCUCGACCGGAUGAUAAGCGAACUCAAGGAUGAGAUCCACAGACGCAUUCAAGCGAGCAUAAACAGAGAAUUGCGCAAGAUAAAAGGUCGGGCGGGGCUGCCGAGACCUCCCAAAGAAGCAAAGUCCAGACCUUCGACCACCCAGACCGACGAGAGGAGACGACGGCUUCGGAUGAAAACCGAGCCAGCGGGAAAAAGCGAUGAUUCCGCCACCAGCACCAUUUUCAGCGAUCAGCGUGGAGAGAUCGAGGAGGACAACUGCCCGUGCGAAUCGUGUCUUCGGAAGAAAAUGUCACCGGGGCCUCGAGGUCCUGCCGAAGUUAGGAAUACCGCUCCGGUUCUCGUGGACUUUGAUCUCCAAAGGAUUCUUCGGAUGCGGAAUGAUCAUCGAAUGCAGGAUACUCUGGCCAACAGUGAAACAAAAGCAGCAGCGGCGAGACUCGUUGGACAGAUCCUUGACCUCGCUGUGAGAGAAGCUGCGGAGGAUGGCGACAUGGAAGAUGCGUUUGCAGUUUUGGAAUGGGAAAAUGAAGCGGAAACUAUGGUUGAGGAAACCAGGACUGAAAACGCUCCAUCGCAAGAGGUCAGCGAAUGUGAAGUUUCAGGCGGAGAUCUUGAAGCCAACGCAGAUGAGGAUGAAGAUGAAGCCAAAGAGUCCACUGGUGCAGAUGGCUCACUCGACCAACCGGAGGAAGAUGGCGCCGUUGAUAUGGCAAGUCAAACGUCUGCCACCACCGGAGACGAGAGUGACCGCGCAUCCACUGUGAAGGACUCCGACGAGGCAACUGCCGAAAAUGCGCCGAUCACAGAGGUGGCUGCAGAAGAUGAAGGUGCGGCGCGAGAGGCCGCCGCUGCGGUCACAAGUCCACAGGAAUCCGAGGAAGUUGAAGGUGAAGAGGAACCUCCCGCUGCAAGCGGUGAAGAGAACCAUAAACCAGCGACCGCAAAUCAAUCAAACGAUGACCAGUCGGGGCGCGGCGGGGGGGAGGAUGGAGAGGGUCCGGACGCCGCCACGUUUGAAGAUGAAUACUCGCCACAAGAUGCCACCGUCGCAGCUUCAGAUGACAAUAAGACACAGGAAGAGGAAGAGGCAAGAGAGAGCCAAGAGAACGACGAGGCAUCUGCCUUGAAGAACUCGAACGAGGACGCGAGUACGGUAGAUGAGGUUUCCGCAGAUGAUGGCGGAGAAGAUGAAGAUGCGGCAUCGCUGGUCACCACGAGAGCUACGACUGAACAUGAAUCUGAGCCUGAAGAGGAAUUGGCCGGAGAAGACCAGGAUGAGACUCCUGCCACUAGUGCAGAUGAAAAGGACGAGGAGGCUCCUAAAACCGUUGAAGAUGCAACACCGGAGGCCGCUGGGUCGGCCACGAGCGAACGGCAAUCUGAGGAAGAUGAGGAAGGGGGAGUGGAUAGUCGAGAGGAGACUCCUGAGGAUGAGUAUGCUGCAGAUGUUGAGAUGAUGAGUGAAGAGGUUUCCGAAGCUGCGGCGCAAGCGACGGACUCGAAUAAAGAGGAACCAGAGGGGGGCGAAGAGACCCUCGUCACAAGCGCGGCUGAGAAUGAGGAUGUCGCUGAUACAGAGCAACGCGCCGAAGAAGACCACACAUUGCGUGAAAAUGUUGCUGACACCACCGCAGCCCAAGAGGCCAGGGGGUCGGCCGCUAGCGGACAGGAAUCCGCAGACGAGUUCGACGGAAAAGUCGAUGGCGAAGGGGAGACUUGUGCCGCGAGUGCAGCUGAGAACGAGGAUGCAGCUACUGACGAUCAGGCUGCUGCAAUCGGUGGGAUGAGCACUGAGGAUUUUCCUGAGACAGUCAAAGAUGAAGAUGCUCAGGAGGCAGCCACGAGUCAACGUGGAUCAGAGAAGCACAAAGAACCCAAAGUCGGUGGCGAAGGGGAGACUCCUGUCACAAGCGGAGAUGAGGAUGAGGAUGAGGAUGGAGCCGACACAGAUGAGGACGGCGAAGAAGAUGACAGCUUGAGUGAAAAUGAUGCCGGCGCCACCGCCGCAGCUGAAAAAGCCGCACGAGAGGCCACCGUGUCAGCCACUAGUGGGGAGCAAUCCGAAGAAGAGGAAGAAAGAAAAGUGGACGGUGAAGAGGAGACUCCUGCCCCAAGUGGAGAUGCCACGGAUCAGGAUGCGACAAAAGAUGGGCUGACGACUGAAGACGUUUCUGAAACGGUCAAAGAUGACAAUGCGGAAGAGGCAGCCACGAGUGAACCUGAAUCGGAGGAGGAAAAAGAAUCGGCAGUCGGUGGCGAAGAGGAGACUCCUGCCGCCAGCGCAGAUGAAAACCGUGGCGCUGCUUCAACUGAAGAUGAUGAGGAUGAUGAUUCAGCUACGGUGAAGGACCAAACAAAUGCGCCAACUAAAAAAGAGGAUCUUGAUGGAAGUCAACAAGACCUUGUGGAUGACAAUGAAAAUUCAGGAGAAGAAGAUCCCGCCCGAACAAGCGACGGCGGAGAAGAUGCAUCGGAAGCUCCGGAUGACGAGGAUUUAUCUGAUCAAGCGAGAGGUGAAGACGCAAACGCGAGCGAGGCUGCCGACAGAGCCGAGGAAGGUGAGGUUGCCAACCAAGAGGAGGCAGCGCGCUCCGCUGACCAAGACGCCGAUCAAGAGUCGGCAUUGUCCGCCGAAGACCAAGAUGCAAUGAUGAAAGAGUCAGAGUUUGAAGGGCCUGAAGCGGAACCUGAGGAAUGUUUCCAAAAGGACCAAGUCCGAGCAACCGGUGGCGAUUCUGCAGAGGCCAGCGGAGAAGAACGUGAUGAAGGGGAGGAUGGAAGCAACGACGCGCAGGCGGCUGAAGAUGACCCAGCAAGUUGUGAAGAUGACGAGAAGGAGGAGCCUGUGCUGACCCACAACCAAGAUCCAGAUGAGGCGCUCCAGCCGGGAAAGGAAAACAAGGAAAGCAAAGAAGAACGACCGCAGGACGACGACCGGGAAACGCACGGGGAGAGCUUUGAGGCGUCCGAAAAAGAGGAGCAAGGACCCGAGUCCACCGGCCGGGGCGAGUCAGCCGACGGCGAGGACGGGGCGGACUCCGAUGAUGACGACGAUCAAGAGGAGAAAAGCGAGGCGCGCGAUUUCAUACCCGGCGAGGCGGCCAAUCAGAAAGCCGACAAUGGGGGGCUCUCGGAAAGGACAACGUUAAGGGUGAAGACCGCUUUGAGUAAAUCCAGAGCCGAGUCUGAAGGCGGCAUCGAGGCGGACGGCGAAGAUUCAGACGCCUAAACUAAGACGUGAAGCCGAGGACGUCGAGAUUUUGGUAUUCCGGUUGCUCGGGGUGGAGCCAGUCCACGCCGAGCACGUCGUACACCUCGGAGACGAAACCGGCCUCGGAACCACGACCUCAAUGAUGAGGCAGCUCGUUGAGAUGACGGACUCGUGCGGUUGUCGUCACAAAGGGAAAACGUGAACAUUUUUAUGGACCGCAUACUCAGAUGGUGAACCCACUGAAAGUCUCAAAGCUGAAAUGCGUGUUAGAGUUCUUUGUUUCCUCCAAUGGAAUGGCCAAGAAGUGUAUUUUUGCCCGUAUGCUACACCUGUCCAGUCCUUUCAAUAGGUCGACGUCUUUUUCCCAUUUUAAAAUACUUUUGGUUUCAAGCACGGGCUCGUGAUACGGUAUUCUGUAUUUCCUCGUUACCUCAUUCAUGUUGACUGGUUAACAUUAGCUGCCAUAGCUGUAGUAGACCCAACAAACGUGAUGGCGACAGACAGAAAACAAAAAUGGCAGGUAUGACCUCAGCUGCACGUAACAAGCACGUUUUGUCUGUGAAAUAAAAUGCAAAUGCACUUUCAUUAUUGAUUGCUGUCAUUAGUAGUGUUUCAAAACAACUAUCUCGUGUGAGGUAGCCGUAUUAUCGUUAUCGUCACUAUUUUGGGAAUCGAGUGACGCAUUAUAACAGGACGAUGUUUCCUCAAAUGAUUCUUUUUAUUGCGGUGUUUUUUUUUCAAAUUCAUUUUGUAUGUUGUGAAAUGUGUCGAGGUACUUGCUAUAUGAUGUUGCUUUAGGUUAAAUUUGUCCUCUAUGUGGAAAGGGAAGACAUUUGUGAAUUUUCACCGUAGCGCAAGUGUGAGUGGCUAAUAGCACACCCUAGCCCGGGGCCCCCAAUCCCCUCCUGGGUUUGACAAAAGGGACCUCCGACAUUGAGACUUGCCGGUGCGUCCGUAGCAAAUGCCAGCACCUCAUUAAGACAACGCUGAUGGAUGUGCACACAUAGUUACACUUUCCCACCGGCGGUCUCCCGCGAGCACACGACACCCAUGAUUGGUGGCGCCCCGAUUGACUGUGUGAGCCCAACGUGAUGCACGGGAACCGGGGGUGAUGAUGUCACGGGGCCUCGGUGCUCCUUUCCCAAAUAACAUAAACAGGAAGAGGUUGAGCGCAAGUAUUGCAUGUUGUCUAGAUAAGACACAAUGACGUUGCAAAAUCUUGGCUGCGAAUCCCAACUGUGCGUAGCUUGUGCCGCGUCGCAAGAGAGAGCCCGAAGAAGGCCCACCACAAAAAAGGCGGCUGGAUGGAAAGCAACGAGAGAUACAAGCCGAGUCAUCCUUUGAUUCUACGAAGCGAAAAGGCAAAGAGGAAUCUUCGUGUCCUUUUCGCCCGCAAGAAGCGCGAGCAAGAUAGAAAACGACGACAUACGAAGCUAAAGCUAACGUAAGCUUGCGCAAGCUAACAAGCUAAACGCAGCCGACAAAAGUGACGCGUAACUUUCGCCGGCUGUCAUAAUGAUCAAUUAGACAU